UCCAGCGCAGAGCCCCGGUGAACAGAGCCUCUGGUCUAUCAACAUACAGAACAUCGAGUACUCUUCCUGCAGGGUUCACCCUGCCGUAACAUAGACCAGCCGACAACCCCAAUUGUGAAUAUUUAUAUGCCGAUAAGAGUUAGCUGAUCGUUUCCGCCUGCACGCUGCUGCCUCGAGGCAGCGAGGACGUCGAAACGAAGCACUUUUUUAAGAGAGCCUGUGUAAACAAUCUUUACCAGCUGAAUACCACUGCAAAAGUGCCCUCUCCCUCCUGCUUGCCUGCGUCUGUCCGUUCAAAGCCACAAAUCGCCUAAAUGAACUUGAUCAGCAACGAGAAAAGGGACCGCAUGCAUAUGCGUUCUUCCAGAAUCUCUCAGUGCAAUCACCUAUAUACCCCGCUUUAGCUCUUGUCUCCCUUGCCUCUGAGACCUUCGCAGCCCCUAUUGCUCUUCUGCUGCAUCCUCUGGGCCGCUCUCUCGCUAUGUGUUGUGCGUACGGUUCGCGUGAUCAAGCUAUUGCGGUAUGCCCAAUGUGCAAGGUCUUCAAACCUAGCGCCUCGAGGUGUCCACAUAAGAGGGAGGUCUGUCGGAACAGGGCAUUGCAUCCUAAACACGAUGUCGUCUAUUUGAAGAACCCUGAGGUGCAACUCUUCAGCGGCUGCGGUUAUUGCAAGUGGGCGAGACUCAACCCUGCAAAGGCAGGAUCCUACAACAACAAUGGUUGGCCCGGUUGCUGCCGACCUCCAACGCCUGAAGAGCACAGAUUCGUCGGCGCAGCAGACUGGCCGGCCGUUAGUCUUGUCCAUCGUGUACCCAUUCCACCCGAUAUAAAGGCUCUGUUAGACAGCAUUUCAACCCCAGCGCCCCCCAGAGGCAGCACAUCCCCUCCAUUUCCCUCUGGAAGCCUCCGGGGGAACCCGACUCAGUCCUCUACACCCCCAGCCAUUCGUAGAGCUACCUAUAACGCUGGUACUCCCACCCGGAAUGACACUUUGACCACACGGACUGCUCCCAUGACUAUUCCCUUUGCCAGAUCCGGUGGGAGUCCUCAGCAGCUGGCUUCAUCUUUGACGAGCGAUACCUCACGAGACGAUGGCGGUGAUACCACUUCGUCUUCCCUGCCCAAUACGUCCACUCUGGAUCAGCUGUUUCUGCAUCGCCGUUCCACCACUAUUGACGCUCGCACCGAUAAGCGCGGCGAAGCCCCCUAUGAAGCAAAGAUGUCCCCUGGUCGCAAGUACGCUGAGUUAGGCGGUUCUCUUUCGCGAAAAGGCUCCGGUUCUGGACCCGUUGCCAUCACGCGUCGUCCAUCCAUUUCUGCUGCCAUGCCAUCCAUGUACCUCUCAAAGGUUAACAUUGAUGCACAACCAGCCCGUCGUCGCGUUGGUGCUGCACCUAGCACUCCUCCUAUUGCUUCCUCUAAGCCGCCUUCUCCUCCCGUCUCUCGCCCUUUGGAGCGCCAGAGCCUGAAUACGCCCUCCCGCCGCUCGCUCGAAAACUCGAUGGCUGCAGUGCGCAUAUCGAGUGCUUCGAGCGAUAGCAGUGGCAGUAAUUCUGAAACUACCGUCAUUUCGGACGGUGGGUUCACGGAUUACCUUUCUGAUGAAUCGGAAGCGGAAUUACAGCGACAGGCAGAAAUCAAGGCCGCUCAAGCUGCCCAAAACCAGAUGGAGGAACUCGAGUUCAAGGCUGCUCGACAACAACUUGCACACGUUGGUUUGCAUCCGCCAAAGUCUUGGACCGGGAGCGUUAAUGCUACUCCACGAUCACAGGCGACUCAGUCCCAGUCUCAGAAUUAUUCCCAUACCUCGUAUGCUUCGCCUUAUGGCUUGACCUCACCUUCCAGAGGUUAACUGUACUAUUGACACAAUACCUGACUGUAUCCAAAGAUUCCCUCUCUCUGUCUCGACUUCGUAACUCUCACUGUUUCCAUAGGGCAUCAUUUGUAGCAGAUACUUAAGCACACUGGAUUCCUAGCAUAUGUAGGAAGUAUCUCAAGUAUCUUUAGGUCCAUCAGGUUGAAUAUGUAUUUUCUGUAUUGUUGCAAAUGACUAUCUUUUGACGAUUCCGUC